AUGGAACUGCAAGACAAGAAUUCCAAUGACAAGAAGAAUAGUACGAAGUUUGCCACGGCGAGUCAUAUUAUCGCCGCGACAGCUCGCACACAUCGAGUGGCUCCGACAAAUUCGGAUCAGAAAAAACGUCGUGCAUCGAGAUCACUUCGUAUCUCAACGGUCGGUAGUAACUUUCCGGGAUUUCCCAUCGAUGUUCAAAUUGCCGAGGAAGAUGGUGGAGACCAGAACAUCAGUCUUUGGCAGGCUAUACGAGUUGGUAAAAUAAGUAUAGUGAACAAAUGUCUUGAAGAUGAAAAUACGUCUGUUAACUCCAAAGACGAACGGGGCAUGUCAGCGCUGCACUAUGCCGCUUAUUACGACAGACACGAUACAGCCAAGUUGUUAUUACAGCGAGGGGCCGUUGUGGACCCCCUGACACCUGAAAAUAAGAUGACUCCAUUGCACAUCGCUGCGAAACAAAACUGUGUUAGUGCCGCGAAGGUUCUGUUGAAUUUCAAUGCAGAUGCGCAUGCUCGAGAUAUCAAGGGAUCUGUGCCGUUACACAUUGCUGCCAGACAAGGACGUGAAGAGUUUACUAAGGUCUUGUUAUCCUCCACUGGCGCUAACCCAAAUGUAUGUGACACCGACAACAUGACACCACUCCAUCAAGCUGCUUUGAAGGGAAAUUUAGCAGUGUGCAAUUUAUUGGUUCAGUAUGGCGCCGAUAUACGUGCAAAAGAAGUUAAUGACAUCACACCACUAAUGAUAGCAGCAGUCGGGGGACACACAGACAUCAUGAGUAUGUUGUUGGAAACAGCGAAGAAACAAUACACUGUACCACACGACUACUUAGAAGACUGUGACAACGAAGGCAAUACAGCUUUACAUCUUGCCAUAAGCAAUGGUCAUUUUGAGGCAUCAGUACUAUGUUUAGACAAUGGCGCUGACGUCGAUUCAAGGAAAGGUAACGGGUUUAGUGGAUUACACAUCGCCUCAGUCAAUGGCUAUACGGAUAUAGCGUCUAUGCUGAUUACUAGGGGAGCAAAUAUAAACGACAAAGAUGAAGAACAAAUGACGCCUUUGCAUAGGGCAGCUAUUUACAAUCGAGUAGAGGUAAUGCGGCUUCUCUUAUCAAAGGGUGCAUUCAUAGAGGCACAAGACAUGGAACAUUUUACACCUCUACUCGGGGCGGCAUGGAAGGGCCAAUCGGAUGCAGCGUUGUAUUUACUGAAAUCCGGAGCUGAUAUCGAGGCAACUGACUAUCAAUCUAAAACUUGUCUUCAUUGGUCCGUGGAGGGAACUCAUAGAGAAUUCGUAAAAAUGAUACUGGAAAAUGGAGGAGAAAGUUUACUUGGACGACAGGAUAAGAAAGAUCAGACGUCCGUCCACUACGCUGCUGAAAAUGGAGAUGCUCAACUUAUAAAUAUUCUCAUGUCCCAUGGUGCAAAGCUAGAUUCUAAAGAUAUCGAAGAGAAAAUUCCCCUACACAUCGCAGCCCAAUAUGGUCGUGUGAACUGUGUGGAGGUAUUAGCCAAUGCUAAUCCGAAGCAAAUUAACGAAGAUGACGUCGACGGACGUACCCCUUUGUUAUUGGCUAGUUUAUAUGGGCACUAUAAGGUAGUCAUAUAUUUGUUGAAGAUCGGUGCUGAUCUUUCAAGCAGAGAUGACAGCAGAAUGUCGGCUCUAACCUUAGCGUGCAGCCAAGGUCACAUGGACACAGCCUUGAUAUUGAUAAAGAACCAUGCAGACAUCGACGCAGUAGACAAAAAUAAGAACUCGGCUCUCCAUCAUAGUGCCGGCAAAGGGUACGCGGACGUAACCAUGCAGCUUCUAUCGAAGGGCGCCGAUGUUACGCUAGAAAACGAAAAUGGACAGAAUGCGCUUGAAGUUGCUAUUGACAACAUACAAGAAGACACUGCGAGAGUAAUAGUCGAACAUGAAAGUUGGCAGAAGACUCUGGUAGCACGAGGAAAGAAUGGCUACACACCACUCAAGUCACUGAUAGAGAAACUCCCGGAUGUAGCGCUGAAUGUAUUGGAUAAAUGCGUGACGUAUUCAAAUCCAGACAAGACAGUUACAGACUUAAAAGUUACUUAUGACUAUAAAUAUAUCGACACUGAUCCAGCAACUGUUGAUACCAAUUUUAGGUGGAAUGCUUUGUCGACAAUGAUAGAGUGUGGACGCGAAUCAUUGGUGUCCCACGAACUUUCACAACAAAUCUUGAAACUCAAGUGGAGAAGAUUCGUUCGAUAUUUCUUUGCCCUUGACUUCAUCACCUAUACCAUAUUUCUUGUGUCGUUGACACUAUAUGCGGCCUACAAUCCGCUCAUCGCUACGCCGGACCUCAAUGCAGAUGGCUGCCCAAAUACUAGUGAUUUCUACAACGCCGACGGCAGUCUCAUGAAGCAGAAUUAUAACAUGGUCGUUUUAGAAAUUGUUAUAGCCUUGUUUUGUGUUAUACAAGUGUUCAAAGAGGUUUUUGAGUUUUUUAACCAGAAAUUGCAGUAUUUUCUGGAUUACGUCAACUACACAGAGUUGGGGUUGUACACAUGUUCCUUCAUAUUUGUGCAUCCUAUAUUUGAGAAACCCUGUGCCAUGGCUUGGCGAGCAGGGGCAUGUGCUAUAUUCCUGGCGUGGAUUACGUUUAUACUCUACGUACGAAGAUUCGAUUUAUUUGGUAUUUACGUAGUCAUGUUUUUCUCUGUCCUCAAGUCGUUGAUGAAGGCCAUCAUUGUGUUCAUUCUAUUCGCAUUUGCAUUUGGAACUGCGUUUUUUAUUUUAUUUUCGCGACUGGAAGUGUUUGGAGAUAUGCCGUCAUCGGUGAUGAAGGUGAUAGUGAUGACUCUAGGGGAGUUAGAUUAUACAGACAUUUUCUAUGCAGAAGACCUCGCCCCAUUUGACGUUACAGCUCACGUUCUGUUCGUCAUUUUUAUAUUUCUGAUGCCGAUCGUCCUUAUGAAUCUACUGGUUGGUAUUGCUGUUGGAGAUAUUGAUAAAGUUCAAAAGAACGCUUACUUGGAGAAAAUAGAAAUGGAUGUUGAUUUUAUUGAGAGAAUUGAGACAAAUGUACCAAAAGUAAUCCAGAAAUGCCUGUACGUCCGCACGGAAACAGACGAACCGAAUAAAAACCAGGACGCAUGGUGGAUGAAGAUCAGUAAAAUACUGGUGAGGCAUCAAAAAAACGAAGAAGCCAUUGAGACUGAGAAGAACAGAGACAGAACUAACGAGAAGUUGGACAGAAUGCAACAUCAGAUCGAUUCGCUGUGCUCACGCCAAAGAUCAAUGAACGUACUUCUGGAACAGCAGUCAGAUCUUAUGAAGUUGAUUGGUAACAAAAUGGACGUUAACGCUGAAGAAGACGAGUACAUGACGACACAAAGGUGGCUGGAUGGCAUGUAUUCUGAACUGGAAGAACCGGGCUUCAUCACAAAGUAACAGCAAUGUCAUUCUGAAUCAUGUGUAUGGUGAAUUACACAUUACUGUUAUUAUAGAAUGUUUCUGGGCUGCAGGGCCUGGCAUAAAACAUAAAACAUAUAUAGUGGUAUAAAGCAGUUAGAAAUAGUCCAAACGACUUGCCAGUUCCAAUAGUAUCACUACGUAUAUUGGCCUGAAAUGUAGGCGUGAGUGGCGCCCUCAUUAUUGAGGGAAGACAUUCCCAAGAAACUGUCGCAUGAUGGCGCUCUUCUUAAACGAUAACCAGGCACUUACUUUGGAUGUUCAACAAGAUUUUGAGUGAACUAUUUCCAAUCGAUAGUUGAGGAAACGCCUACUGUACCGCCAAACUAUAAUCAGGAGAUGCCAUGAAUUGACAUGAGUGACAAUACUGUAUAUAA